AUGGCCGCUCCUCCAGAUCUCAACGCCAUCCUGGCGGCUCUUGCCGCCGGCCGACCGUCGACCACACCAUCCCAGACACCCCAACAGGCUCCGCCUGCACAGCAUCCCCCUCCGCAAGCCCUGCCACCAGGCUUCCCUGGCGCAAUGCCUACUGCCACCCCGCCAGCCAUGCCGGGCUACAGCUUCCCACAACCCACACACUCUGGCAGUCUUGACCUUAGUGCUAUCAAGCCCGUGAGCUCUGGGUCUGUAAGCAUCCAGGAUGCGCUGGCAAAGGCGCGCGGUUUUGCAGCCCAGAAAGGCCUUGCCCAUGAAGCAGCGCGCCCAGGUAUUGCUGAACCUUGGUCUGGUUAUGGUGUCCCAGCGCAAACUUACACGCCUCCAGCUUACCAAGAAGACCCGCGCCUCAGUGGGCGUCAGCCCUACAGACGUUCUCGGUCGCGUUCGCGCUCUCCAGCGCGCCGAGAACCCGUGCGUGAAAGCUACAAUCCAUACCGCGAUGAGCGUCGUGAUGAGCGCCGAGGCGGCUAUGGUCGUGAACGUGAUCGCUCGCCCCCUAGACGUGACACCUUCUCUCCCGCCCAGCAAUACGGGCAGGCUCGUUCGCCCCCUGCCAAUGAUAACUCUGAGGUGAUUCUCAUUGACUCUUCGUUGGUUGGUCUUGUCAUUGGACGUCAAGGUGAGAGUCUCCGCCGCAUUGAACAAGAAUCCCAGACACGUAUUCAAUUCAUCAACGGCCCCGAAUCUGGACCUCAGCGCGAAUGCCGUAUAACUGGCAGUCCUGGUGCUCGUAUCAGUGCCAAGCGCGAGAUCAACCGUAUCAUCGAAGAGAAUGGUGGAAACCCUGCUCGUGAGACUGGCCGCAAUGCUAGGCCUACCGCAAAGACGGUCGGCCAGCAACAACCGGCUCUUAGAGAAGGCGAACAGUCGUCGCAGAUUAUGGUGCCCGAUCGAACCGUUGGUCUCAUCAUCGGCCGCGGUGGUGAGACUAUUCGUGAUCUGCAAGAACGCAGUGGCUGCCACGUCAACAUCGUUGGUGAAAACAAGAGCGUGAACGGUCUGCGUCCUGUGAACCUCAUUGGAAGUCCUGCUGCUGCUGCCCAUGCCAAGGAACUCAUCAUGGAAAUUGUCGAUAGUGACACUAAGCAAAUGGAAGGCACCGGCAACCAACAGCCGCCGUCGCAGCAACCUUUCAACAACAGACGUGACAAUUUUGAUCCCUACGGCGCUGGUGCUGGUGGCGUCGGCGCUGGCAAGAUCAAUGAUAGCAUUCAUGUUCCAUCUGACGCUGUCGGCAUGAUUAUUGGCAAAGGCGGUGAAACCAUCAAAUCCAUGCAGUCCGAAACUGGCUGCAAGAUCAACGUUUCGCAAGCAUCUGGCGCUGAUAUCGAGCGCGAGAUUGGCCUCGUUGGAACACGUCAAGCCAUCGAUGAUGCCAAGCGAGCAAUUUGGGAGAAGGUUGAUCAAGUGCGGGAAAAGAACAACUCGCGCCGACGUGAUAAUGGCAACCAGGAUAAUGGCUACUCACAUCAACAGACACCAUCAUAUGGACAGGCUGCUGCGCCUGCACAAGCCCCGCAAGCCGCUGCCCCUGCUGCAGGUGGCGCUGCUGCUGACCCGUAUGCCGUUUAUGGCGGCUACCAGAACUACCUGGCAAUGUGGUAUGCAUCCAUUGCUCAGCAACAACAAGGCGGCCAAGGUGCCCAAGGACCCCCAGGCGCAUAG